AUGGGUCCCGUGGCGUUCACCGAGUCCGCCGCGCCGGUGCUCCUGGCGCAGCCCGCGUACGCGCUCGACCCCGACGACGACGGCGCGCACCCGGUGUCCGCGCUGCCCCCGGCGGCGCAGCUGGCGCUGCCCGUGCUCGAGCUCGUGGCGGCGGACGACGGCGCCCACCCCAACCCCUGGACCGAGCCGCUCGAGAUUAAUACCGUGGCGGAGCGGCGCGCGCGCAUGUGGCACCAGCUGCGCGUGGCGUGCGAGAAGGCGCAGGAGGUGGAGCGCCGAGCAGAGGCGGACGCACAAGCGAGUGCUGGCGGGGCAGCAGCAGUCGCGGGGGCAGCGCACGGGGCCAGCAGCGCCGUGCCUCCCUCCCCUCUCCCCGCCCACCCCGCUACUCACGCCGUUGCGGGCGGCGCGGCUGCGCCAUUCACAGCAGCAGGCGCGCGCGGCGUGCCGCCCGGGCUGCUGCAAUUCGCGCGCACCGUCGCGCGGCUCGCAGCAGCAAGGGGCGGAAGGCCGGCAUUCCAGCAGUGGCAGCAGGCGGGUGCGCAGGGAGGGGCGCAGGGGGAGGUGCAGGGCGGAGGGGGGGCGGGGAGGGGCAUGAGGGUGGCGGUGGGCAUGCAGGUGCAGCUGCCUCGCACUGUGUCGCCGCGCGUCAGGUCCGUCACCCCUCGCUCUGCCCGCCUGCGCCGCCGUGCCGGCGCAGUGGUGGGGGCGGACGGGCCAGCGGGGCCGGGCAGCCCAGGGGGCGGCGAGGAGGGCGCGCGCAGCAGGGGCGUGGGGGGGCUGGCUGACGUGGCGGAGGCGGUGGAGGAUGUGACUGUAUCGAGGGGCGGGGGCAGAGAGGGGGAGGGGGCGGGGUCGUGGGGCGUGCUGCUGGGGGGCGUGGGGCUGGUGCAGCAGCGCGAGCAGAGGGAGAGGGAGUGGGCGCGUGAGGCCGCAGCAGCGCAGGCGGAGGCAGUGGCGCUGGCAGCAGCAGCGGCGGCGCAGCGAGCGGCGGCGGCGCGGAGGAAAGCCGGGCUGGACGGGCUGGAGGUGACUUUGGGGCAAAGCGAGGGCGCUGCCGGCGCAGGGGGAGGGGGCGCGGCGGCGGGGGCAGAGGUGGGGUGGGGCGUGGUGGGGUUCAUUCGGGUGGGCGGGGAGGGCGCGGGGGACGAGCAGGAGCGGCGGGUGGAGGUGGCGUGUGCCAUCCGCGUGCGCGACACCGCCUCGGGCCACGAGUUCCUCGUGGACCGCCCAGCGCUGCUGCUCUGGGGGGGCGAGCACGGCGCCGGCGGAGCAAUGGGCGAGGAGGGCGUGCGGUGGGGCUUUGGGGGGAAGGUGAUGCGGGGGCGAGGGCAGGCGGGGGCGUCGAGCGGCGGGGGGAGUGUGAGCGCGGCGGGGAUUGAGGGCGUGGCGGAGGGGGAGAACGUGGCGGCGCUGCUGGCUCUGAGGGCCGUGAGGCAGGCGGUGAGGGAGCAGCGCGUGGUGGAGCGGCGGCGCAAGAAGAAGACCCCACCCGCACCCACAGGCGCUGCUGCUGGUGCCGCAGGCACGGCGGGCGCAGGCGAGGGCGAGCAGCGGCCAGCAGAGGGCGCCGUGGCCGGCCAAGGCAGUGGCGCUGCGAGCGGCGGCGCGCGGAGCAGAGGCGGCGUGGGUGGUGAGCUGGAGGGCGGCGAGGGGCGAGGGAAGGCAGGCACGGAGGAAGGGAAGGAGGAGAAGAGCAGGGAUGGAGGAGAGGUGGGUGCGGUUGAGAGUGGUGAGGAAGGGUCGGACGCGGAGUACCGUGAAGGGGUGCGGUUUGUGAGUGCUCGGCGGGACACUCUUGGGCUGACGGAUGACGAGGAGGAGGGCGAUGUGGCACGCUGUGAGGUGAUCGGUGAUAUUGAGGAGGGGGGGGAGGGGGAUGAGGAAGACCAGGAGGAGGAGGAGGAUGAGGAGGAAGAGGAAGGAGACGAAGAGCAGGAGGGGGUUUCAGCAGAAAGUGGGGAGAAAGAGGGUAACGAGCCGGAGCGGGAGGGGCAGAGUGGCGACAAGAGUGGGUCGCCAGAGGAGAGUGGGAGGAAGUCCCGGUGGGGGCGCAAGGGGGGGAAGAGCAAGGCCGGCGCAGGGGUGGGGGAGAGUGAGGAGGGGAGGGACGGGGGGGAGGAGGGCGGAGAGGGCAGCAAGGUGGAGCAGGGCAGUGUGGAGGAUGCGGGGGACGAGGGCGUGCAGGGCCGGCCCAAGUCGAGCCGCGGGCGCGGGUGGCUCAAGGCCAUUCGCCGUGCUGCCGGGUACGGCAGUGGCAGCGGCAGCGGCAGCAGUAGCGGCGCCAGUGGCAAGGAGAGAGGAAGCGGGAAGGGGAAGGAUGGCGGCAUGAAUAAGGGGGGCCAACGGGAGGGCAAAGAGGGCGGUACAGGGGCUGCAGGGGGGGCGGUGGUGGGAGAGGGCACUGGGGAUGGGGGUGGGUGGGCGGGGGAAGGGGAGAGGCCGGGCGAGCCAUCAGUGCCGCCAGGGGAGCGCUCAGACCAGCCGCCUGCCGGACCACUGGGAGGCUCAUCCGGACUGGCAGGCUCGGGGCCAGGCAUGGCGAAGUCAGCAACAGUAGCGGCGGCAGCAGGUGGAGCGGGUGGGGCGUGGGGCGGCCCUGCGGUGGGGCCGGUGAGGGUGAAGGUGUCGGCCGUGAGGAAGCCCACCCGCCAGCUGUCCGACCUGUGGCUGCGGCAGGAGGUGCGCGGCGCGCAUGAGGGCGCCGUGUGGGUGGCGCGCUUCAGCGGGUGCGGGCGCUACCUGGCCACGGGCGGGCAGGACGGCGCCGUGCGCGUGUGGCGGGUGGAGGGGGCAGGCCACGGCACUGGUGCAGCGGACGAGGUGGUGGGCGCGUGGGAGCGGCGGGGGGGGAGGCUGGGCGGGGGAGGGGGCAGUGGAGGAGUGGAUGGCAAGGGGUGGGACGAGGCGCACGUGCGCGCCAAGGGAUACCCACGGGAGCGGUCGGAUGGGACGCCAGCGUUUGCAUCGGAGGAGAUUGUCCCGCCUGCCCUGCCCCACGCGGCGUCGCUGGCGUCUGGCUUCCGCUCCCAGCGGGGGAGGGGAGGGGGGGCGAGCAUGGGGCGGGCGGUGCCGCUGUUCCGCCUGCAGGAGGCGGCGCUGUGCUGCUUCACCGGCCACUCCGCUGACGUGCUCGACCUCGCCUGGACGCCCAAUGGGCGCACGCUGCUGGUGUCGGCCUCAGCGGACAGGAUGGUGCGCCUCUGGCAUGUCGGCUCCUCGCACUGCCUGCGCGUCUUCCCCCACCCCGACAUAGUGACGGCGGUGGCGUGGCACCCGCGGCAGGUGGGUGUGUUUCUGUCGGGGGCGCUGGACGAGAGGGUGCGCGUGUGGGCGGCAGCGCAGGGCGCCGUGCUGGACUGGGUGGACGUCGGUGAGAUGGUCACCGCCGCUGCCUUCAUGCCCGACGGACAGGGCAUCGCCGUGGGGACAGCCAUCGGCAACUGCCGCUUCUACUCCAUUUCAGCUGACGGAGAGCUGAGUCUGGAGGAGUCGGUGGAUCUGCGGGGGGGCAAGGCCAAGAAGCAGCCGCCGAGGAAGGUAACGGGCAUCCACGCGGUGCCGGGGUCGGCCUGCCACGUGCUCGUGUCGGCGGCCGACUCGCGCCUGCAGCUGUUCGAGGGCGCGCAGCUCAAGUGCAAGCUGCAGGGCCACAAGAACACCGCCUCGCACCUCGCCGCCGCUGUCAGUGUGGGCGGCGACUUCAUCGUGACGCCCAGCGAGGACGGCACCAUCUUCCUCUACAACCCGCCGGGGCUCCUUGCCAAAACCGGGCAGCCCAAUGACCGGCAGAAGGCGUACGAGUAUUUUGCGUGCCCGAGCGUGAGCAGUGCCGUGGCAGUGUGGCCGCUGGGGGUGGAGAGCAGUCGCGUGGGCCAGUCGCCGCUGCUGCCCUCGGGUGCUGCCAGCACCUCUGUGCCCGAGCAGCCACGCGUCAUUCCCAGAGGGGCCAGCUCCGCCUCUCCCGCUGCCACCCUGCCCGCACGCCCUGCUGCCCCUUCCCCUGCCACUGGUGCCACCACCUCUGCCCCUUCCCCUGCCACUGCUGCACCGCCUGCUGCUGGUGGCAGCACUGGCAGUAGCACGGUGGGGCUGUUCUAUGGGGGUGGGGCUGCCCUCACAGCAGCAGCAGCGGUGCCUUCUCCCUCGCCGUCAUUGGCGGGUGGGGACUGGGAGCAGAGCAGCCGUGGCAGCCAUGGGGACAGCGAUCCCAGCCGCCCCGCCACGAGUGCCAGCGUGGGUGGCAGCGGGGUGCAGCACAGCACGUCCACGGACGUGGGGGGGUCGGGCGAGGCGGGCAGGGCAGUGAGGGAGCGCUUUGAGGCUGCUGUGGCCACCAUGGCUGACGGCACUGCAGGCGGUGCGCGUGGCGAUGGGUCGGGGCAGGCAGUGCAGGACGGAGGCUGGAGUGCGGCAGCAGAUGGGGGCGCUGCAGGCCCGGGGGCAGCAGCAGCAGCAGGCGCGAGCAAGCCUCCGCUGCACUCUGCUGCCCCUGGGGCGUCAAGAAGCCCUCUUCGUCUUUUCUCGCCCUCCUGGGCGGCAAGUGAUGAGCUGGCGGGCGGUGGCAGCAGUGCAGCCGACGGGCUGGAGGCAGCGGCAGCAGCAGUGGCGGGCACAGAGGGGCCAAGGCAGGGUGGAGCAGGCGCAGAAGCAGUGGGUGGAGCGGCGGCAGCAGCAUGGAGGCGGAAAGAGCAGGUGGCCGGCGCCGCACCAGCUGCCGCUCCCACACCACCCAAGGCCAGAGCCGCAGCCACAGGGGGAGGGGCAGGAGGAGGGGCGGGGGGAGGAGGGGGCGAGGGAGGGGGGUGGCAGUGGGGCGAGGGCGCUGCGGAGAGGGCAUCGGCACUGGGGCUGGUGAUCGUGGCGGGCAGCUUCACAGGCGACCUGCGCGUCUACCAGAACAUGGCCGCGCCCUCCAAGGGGUAG